UCCCCCUCCCUUCCCUUCCUCGCCCUCUUCUAGCCUCAUACCCCCUUUUCCUGCCCCUCCUCUCAUAUCUGUCCCCUCUGUCAUCUCUCCUUCUUUCUCUUCUCUGGCCUCCCUUUUCUCCUUCACUCCCCUCGCUCUCCUUUAUCUUCUCGUUCCAUGUUUCUCUUCCUCUCGCUCAUCCGUUCAUUUCAAUCCUCCCUCUUCCUACCCCGUUUUCCUCCCAUUUGUUCUCCGUUGGAGCGCACGUGGGCGGAAGGACAGCUUCUAGCCACGCCACUUGGUAGGAGCGAUACCGGAAGGUCUGGACGCACAAUCCAGGAAGGACCGCAGCCGGGAUGACCAGCUCGGAGAGGGUGGAGAGGAGAUCUGAUGGAUUCAACUGUAUCAAAGGCAGGCAAGCAGACGGUUCUAGAAGGACAGAGCAGAGGAGAGAGAUUAGCUUUAGCAGGCGGAGAGCUCAGUGCACAGGAAGAAGCAGUCUCAGUUGAAUGACCAGGUCCUGAAACGACUGGUUUGGAUCAGAAGGUCCAUUCUGAGAGAGUAGCAAGAGAGUUGGCUCUAAGACGGCACGCUCAAUAGUUUUGGAAGAAAAGAAAAGAAGGGAUUACUGGUCUGUAGGUGUUGACAUCAGUGGGAUUCGAGUGGUUUUUUGAGAAGGGGGGUGCAACUAGCGCUCUCUUGAAGACGGAAAGGGGACCAUGGCCAGCGGUCAAGGAUGAGUUGAUCAGCGAGGGUGAGGUAGGGGAGAGAAGGUACCGGAGAUGGUCUGGAGAAGAGAGGAGGGGGAUGGGGUCAGCGGGCAGGUUGUGGGCGGCUGAUUGCAGCACUUAGUCGCAGAUUUAUUGGAGAAGAGAGGGGAGAAUGAAGUAAAGCAUAGGGUCGGGCAGUGUGGACGCAGGACCAGCAGUUCAUUAGACAAACAAACGAGGAUCGAGUCGUCAACCUUCUUUAAAACGUGGUGGAAAAAGUAAUAACAGAGAGGGAGGAGGGGGUGGCGGGGGUGGGGGGGGGGGGGCGGGGGGGGGUUGGGGGGAGGAUUCGUGGGGGGGGGGGGGGGGGGGGGGGGGGGUGGGGGGGGGGGGGGAGGAUCAGAAGUGCGGAGAAUUGUGGCAAAGAGCUGCCUAGGGUUUAGGGCAGAUGAUUGGAAUUUAGAGUGGUAGAAAAGCUGGCCUUAGAAGAAGCAGAAGAAACAGUAUGAAGGAGAAAUGUGAAGAAGAGGAGGGAGUGAAAAGAGCCAGUCGCAGGGAGUUUAGUUUUUUCCAUAUUCAGCCUAGCUGCCCGGAGUAGCUAACUGUUCUUGAGAAGCAAUGAGUCAUCAAGCCACAGAGCCAUUUAAUGGGAUGCCUGUUUAUCUAGUCUACUAUAUUUACUCUCUCAGUCAAUCUCUAGUUACUCUAUUCUAAUAGCUAGGUCUACUCUCUAGUCUACUCUAUCUCUAUUAUCUAUCCUUAUUAUCUUCUCUCUCUCCGGUCUCGGUCUCGCUCUCAUCUCUCUGUAUCUCGCUAUAUAUAUCUAUCUCUAUCUAUCUCUCUCUCUCUCUCUCUCUAUAUAUUCUCUCUCUCUCUCCUCCUCUCUCUCUCUCUCUCCUCUCUGUCCUCUCUAUCUCUCUCUCUCUCUCUCUCCUCUCUCUCUUCUCUUCUCUCCUUUCUCCUUCUCUCUCUAUCCCCUCUCCUCUCUCUCUCUCUCUCUCUCUAUCCCCUCUCUCCUCUCUUUCUCUCUCUUUUUCGGUAUCUGGCAACACUUAUCUCUCCUCCCUGGAAAGUCCAAAGAGGCUUGUGGAUUUUACCUUGCAUAUACAUGUAGCCUUUGGGAUGGUGACUUUGUCCCCGGUUUCCCUCUUCAUUUAAUGGCGACUGUUAUUUUAGUCUACACUCUAGUCUACUCUCUAUUCUACUCUCUAGUCUAAUACAUUCUACUCUCGAGUCUACUCUAUAUCUACUCUCUAUGCUUACUCUCUAGUCCUCCGCCCUCCCUCUCUAGUCUACCUCUCUAUUUUACACUCUAGUAUACUCCUAUUCUACUCUCUAUCUACUCUCUAUUCUAUCUUUAUUCUACUCUCUAGUCUACCUCUUAUUCUCACUCUAUUAUACCUCUAUUACUACUUCUAGUCUACUCUAUAUUGCUACUCUCUUGUCUACUCUCAGGCUACUCUCUAUUAUACUCUAUAUUCUACAUAUCUAGUUACUUCUCUAUUCUACUCUCUGUUGCUCUCUAUAUACCUCUAUUCUACUCUCUAUUUACUCUCAGUCUACUCUUAUUCUACUCUCUAUUCUACUCUCUAUUAUACUCUAUAGCUAUCUCUAGGCUAAUCUCUAGUCUUACUCUCUAGUUCUCUCGAUUUAAUCUCUAGUCUACUCUAUUCUACUUCUCUAGUCUACUCUCAUGUCUACUCUCUAUUCUUACUCUAUAGUUACUCUCUAGUUAACUCUAUCUACGCUCUAUUCUACUCUAUAGUUACUCUCUAUUCUACUCUAUGUCUACUCUCCUAUAUUCUACUCUCAGUCUACUCUCUAGUAUACUCUUAGUCUACUCUAUAUUCUACUCUCUAGUAUACCCCUCUCUAUUUGUACUCUUAUUCUACUCUCUAGUCUACUAUUAUUAUACUCUCAUAGCUCUACUAUAUUAUACUCUCUAGUAUAUCUCUAUUUACUCUCUAGUGAUACUCGCUAUUCUACUCUCUAUUAUAAUCUCUAGUUACUAUAUAUUAACUAUGCGUCUACUCUCUAUUAUACUCUAUAUUAUACUCUCUAUCUACUCUCUAGUCUUAAUAUCUAUUAGACUAUCUAUGUCUACUCUCUUAUUCUCCUAUAGAGUAUACUCUCUAGUCUACUCUUCUAUUAUACUCUCUUAGUCUACUCUCAUUCUACUAUCUGUAUAUCUCUAUUCUAAUCUAUAUUUAUACUCUCUAGUCUACUCUCUGUGACUAUAUAUAUACUCUAUAGUCUACUCUCUAGUCUACCUUAUAUAUUCUACUCUCAUAUUCUACGCUCUAGUCGACUCCUAUUCUACUCUCUAUUCUAAUCUCAUUAUACUCUCUAGUCAUACUCUUAUUUUCCUACUCUCUAGUCUUACUUAUCAUUCUACGCUCUCUUCUUACUCUCCUAUUACUCUAUAUUAAAUCUCUAUUCUACUCUAUAUUAUACUCUCUAUUAUACUCUCUAGUCUACUCUCUAUUCUACUCUCUAGUCUACUCUCUUUAGUCUACUAUCUAUAUAACUUAUAGUCUACUCUCUAGUCUACUAUCUAUUAUUUUCUACUAUCUAUUCACUCUCUAGUCUACUCUCUAGUCUACUCUCUAGUUCUACUCUUAUUCUACUGAUAGUCUACUCUCUAUUUUACUCUAUAUUAUUACUCUAUAUUUCUCUUAAGUCUACUCUCUAUUCUACUCUCUAGGUUUAAUCUUAUUCUACUAGCUAUUUAUACUAUCUAUUCUACUCUCUGUCUACUCUCUAUUCUACUCUCUAGUCUACUCGCUAUUCUACUCUAUAUUCUACUAUCGUAUUCUACUCUCUAUUCUAUCUCUCUAGUCUACUAUCUAUUCUACUCUCUAUCUACGCUAGAGUUAAUCUCUAUUCUAUAUAUAGUCUACUCCUAUUCUACUCUCUAUUCUACUCUCUAGUAUACUCUUAUUCUAAUCUUAUCUACCUCUCUAUAUAACUCUAUUCUACUCUCUAUAGAUAAUCGCUAGUUUAAACUCUCUAGUAUAUCUCUAUUCUCUUCUAUAUUCAAACUUCUCUUUCUAAUCUCUAUUCUACUCUCUUAUUCUACUAUCUAUUCUAUCUCUAGUCUACUAUUAUAUACUUCUCAUCAACUAUCUAUUCUACUCUCUAGUCUACUCUCUAUUAUAAUCUCUAGUCUACUCUCUAUUCUACUCUCUAUUCGACUCUCUAUUAUAUCUCUAUUAUACUCUAAUUAACUCUAUAUGAUACUCUCUCUAUUAUACUUCUACGUCUACUAUUAUGUACUUUCUCUAGUCUACUAUCUAGUCUUACUCUAAGUCUACACUCUAGUCUACUCUCUAUUUCUACUCUUAUUCUACAUCAGUAUAUAUCGCUAGUCUGACUCUCUAGUCUUACUCUCUAUUCUACUCUAUAGUAGUACUCUCUAUCUACCUAUCUAUUAUACUCUCUAUUCUACUAAGUUACUCUCUAUUAUACCUCUCUUGUCUACUAUCUUAUUUACUCUAUAUUAUAAUAUAUAUUCUACUCUCUAGUCUACUCUCUAUUCUACUCUCUAGUCUACUCUCUAUUCUACUCUCUAUUUUACUCUAAUUCUCUCUCUAGUCUACUCUCUCUUCUACUCUCUAGUCUACUAUCUUUCUACUCUCUAUUCACUCUCUAGUCUACUCUCUAUUCUACUCUCUAGUCUACUCUAUAUUCUACUCUAUAUUCUACCUCUAUAGUAGUAACCUCUAUUCUAUCUGAGGCUACUCUCUAUUCUACUAUCAUUACUCUCUAGUCUACUAUCUAUUAUACGCUCGAUUUAAAUCUUAAUACUAUCAUUAUAAUCUCUAGUAUACUCUCUAUUAUACUCUCUAGUCUACUCUUAUCUACUUAUAUGCAAUUCUCUAGUUACUCUCUAUUCUACUAUAGUCUACUCUCGAUUCUACUCUCUAUUCUACUCUCGAUUAUACUCUUAGUUCUACUCUCUAUUCAACUCCUGUUCUACUCUCUAUUAAAUCUCUAGUUACUCUCUAGUCUACUUUAAUUCUACUCUAUAUCUACUCUCUAGUCUACUCUAUAUUCUAAUCUUAGGCUACUCUCUAUUUCUACUCUAAGUUACUCUCUAGUCUAUCUCUAGUCUACUCUCUAUCUACUCCGAGUGAUAAUUCUUAAUGCUACUCUCUAUUCUUAAUCUAUGUCUACUCUCUAAUUCUACUCUCUAGUCUAAUCUCUUAGUCUUACUCUCGAGCUACUCUCUAUGUCUACUCUUGAUUCUACUCUCUAGUCUACUCUCUAUCUACUCUAUAGUAGACUCUUAGAUUCUACGUAUAGUCUACUCUCUAUGCUAACUCUAGUAUACGCUUAGGCGAGCUCGUAUAGGAUACGCUCUAGUCAUAAUCGUCUAUUCUACUUUAGUCGAUACUCUCUAGGCGAAUAUCUAUUAUAUCGCGCUAGUCGACGCGAAGGAGACGCGCGAGGCGCUCGCUAGCGCGCGGCGAGGCGAAGCGCGAGGGACGCGCGAGGCGACGCGAGGAGAAGCGGAGUCGAGCGCGAGGCGACGCGCGAGGCGGACGCGCGCGCGACGCGCGAGGCGACGCGCUAGGCGACGCGCGAGGAGACUCGGAAGGCGGACGCGCGAGGGCGGACCGCGAGCUACGCGGAGGCGACGCCGGGGCGACGCGAGAGGGACGCGCGAGGCGACGCGCGAUGCGACGCGGCUAGGCGACGCGCGAGGCGACGCGCGAGGCACGCGCGGAGGCGACGCUGCGAGGCGACGCGCGAAGGAGACGUCGAGUCGACGCGCGAGGCGACGGCGAGCGACGCGCGAGGCCUCGCGGUCGACGCGCUAG